AAUCAUUGUUGCUCCAUUAACCGGACGGGGAGUACGUCUAAUUAAUUAAAACUAAUGACAAAGUGAAAAAAGGUUUAUAAAAUGAAGUGUACCUACCUGAUCCUGGCUACAGCGGCCCUGGUUAACGGUUUCGCCAUCAAAGACAAUGAGAUAGAAACGUCUCGUUUAAGCACAAGUGAUGAUCUUCUUAACAGUGUUAUAAGUGAUUGUUUCGGCACGGAGUCUCCGACGUCCUGUCUCAAAGUGAAAGUCCUCUCUUUCCUGGAUACGAAGCUGGGCGUGACUUCCGAGUCAGCCAGGGCCUUCGAUGACAAUAACAUAGAUAAAGUGAUCUUCGACCGCGUCGGAAGAAUUCUUAACUCCAACGAGUUCAGAGUCCAACUCCCGGAGUUCAUUUUCCAAAACGCGGAGGUUUCCUAUCGAGCUGAUAGAGGAUUAGACGUGGACUUCCCCGAAACUGAGGCUGAAAAUGGCGAAGCUCGAGGUAUCCUUAAGAAGAAACUGUUGCUGCCAGUUCUCCUUCUUCUCAAACUGAAGAUGAAGGCGCUCAUGCCCAUUCUGGUGUCCAUCAUCGGCAUCAAGGCCAUUAAGGCUCUGAUCCUCAGUAAACUGGCCAUAGCACUCGUCGUUGGAUUCCUUGUAUACAACCUCAUAAUGAAGAAAGGAGCAAUGCCAAUGAUGAUGGCUACUGAAGCUCCCCCCGCCGCUCAAUAUGGGCCUCCUGCAAACCAGUACGGACCACCAUCCACCCCAGCAUCAGCCCCUCAAGAUUCCUACAGCCCUCAGUGGGAGCCAGCGAGCUCGGGUCCUUACGCCAGGGUAUGGGACCCAAGUCAGCUCGCCUACAGCUCUUACUAUCCCGGAGAAUCAAGCUCCUCGUCAUCUUCAAACCAAUCACCAAGCUACUCUAGCGUUUCUUCGAUCGCCUCAUCAUCAAGCUCGUCUUAAACCACGUUACCUCAUUGUAUAUACGUAAACCCACGAACGAACGGAUAGUGUAUAGAUAGUUUAUUUAUUGACUAUUUAUUUCCUUAUUUAUAAACACAAUAAAUUACUGUUGUCAAAUGUC